CCAAUGCGAGCAAUGCAAAGAUGUUAUAUUAGCGGUUAAGCUGUAAUGUUAAUAUUGGCGAUAGAUAGGUGGUAGGAAAAGGGUCGUGGGGUUACCAGCUAUUCGAUACUAUAAAAUCAAGUUGGAUCGAUCCACCGGUUUUUAAAUUCAUUACUGUUCUGUUACAACGUGUUUACGUCAAUAUUAUUUGGUUCUUAUAUCAAUUGAUUAAUUUAUAUACUAUUUAUAUUUAUCUCACCAUAUUUUAUUAACUUCUUUUUUCAUCACUAGUUUUCACUCGGUUUUAUCAAGAACUUUAACUUGUUCCAUUAGGAGUUCUUGAUUUUUUUAUCAUUAUUAUAUCAUCGAGAGAUUUAUCGUGUCAGGACGAUUCGUCUGGUACGAAAAGAAUAACAUUUCGGUGCAGGUGUUACUUGAUCAUAAACUCUAUAUGAUUCAAUCGAGUGAAAACCGAUAAGUGGAAUGGUAUUAAGUAAUCGUUACGUAUGAAUCGAGAUUAUUUAAAAAUCUUAAGCCAGAGUAUUAGAAAAUUUACAUUAUAAUUAUGAAGAUCCCAGCACAACUUCAAGAAUUCAAAAAAUGUCUUAUUAUUUUUAUGGUUGGCAUCAUAUGCAGUAUUUUAUCAUGUACUAUCUACGCCUUAGAUCCAAUUAAUAUCAUUUUUAAAUGGAAAUUAACAAUGACACCAACAUCAACAGUUUUUCUUAUGUGGAGAAAACCACCAGUUGAUGUAUUCCUUAAAGUAUACGUAUUUAAUAUUACUAAUGCCGAAGCAUUUUUGAAUAAAGAAGAAAAAUUACGAGUACAAGAAGUUGGACCUUACGUUUACCAGGAGAUUUUAGAAAAUACCAAGGUCGUAUGGCAUGAUAACGGUACCAUCUCCUAUGUACCUAAGCGAACAGUUGUUUAUCGUCCAGAUAUGUCAAUAAGUGAUCCUACAAAAGAUAUAGUCACUGUUACCAACAUUCCAUUUUUGGGAGUCUCGUCAGCACUUCACGACGCCAGUUUCUUUGUUAACUAUCCAUUAGCAUCGCUGACUAAUUUAUUAGACACUAAACCUAUUCUCAACAUGACUGUAUAUGAAUAUCUUUGGGGAUAUGAAGAUCCACUAGUUCGUUUAGCUAGUGGUAUUGUUCCAAACUUUAUUAACUUUAGAAAAUUUGGACUGCUCGAUAGGAUGUAUGAUGAGGGCGAUAAUUUGGUAAAUGUUAAUAUUAAAAAAAAUAAAAACAUGUCGGACGAAAAUGGUCGUUAUUUGAGUAUUCAGCGUUAUAAUGGAAGUCCUGGUUUACCAAACUGGGGCUAUCAAGAAGAGGAAGGCAAUGAAACGAUUUCUGGUAAUACAAUUUGUAAUCGGAUCGAAGGAGCUACCGAAGGCACUAUUUUCCCAACUAAUCUUGACAAAAAUGCAGUAUUUAGAGUUUUUAGAAAAGCUUUCUGUCGAGCACUUCCGAUAGUCUUCAAAAAUGAAGUAACAACAUCUUCAGGAAUUACAGGAUGGGAGUACUCGCUGGCAGACAAUUUUCUUGAUCCACCUGAUAUGAAUCCCGAUAAUGAAUGUUACUGCCGUAAAAUGAAAAAAUGUUUAAAAAAAGGUCUCUCUGAUCUUACUCCCUGCUACUAUAACAUACCAGCCGCAGUGUCAUUACCACACUUCCUGGAUGCUGAUCCGAGUCUUCUAAAAAAUAUUGAAGGCCUUCAACCAAUCCGUGAGAAACAUCAAACAAGAGUUAUACUUCAACCGGCAAUUGGCAUUCCUAUAAAAGUAAAUUCAAGAAUACAAACUAAUCUGGUAAUGCAGAAAAUAUACUAUAAUAGUAGGAUUGAAGCGUUUAGUGAUCUUACAAUACCAUUAUUUUGGACUGAUUUAGAAAUUCCAUCAAUUAGUUCUGAACUUUUAAUGACAAUAAAAUUGUUACUCCAAAUCGGACCAAUCGUGCAAACAGUAAUGAUUUGCCUUUUUGCAAUAGCUGGGGUAACAACAUUUUUGUUAUCAUUAAUUGGAAUGCUAUGGAUAUUAAAUCAACAAACUGAACAAAAUACUGAUGGAAGAAGAGACAGUAUUGACUUGAAAAUACCACUUGGAUAUGGUCAAUAUACGGCAAUCCGAAUUUUACCCGCAAUUAAAAAGAUAACUUCAAAAACAGAUUUGUUUAGCUAAAAAACCUUAUUAAUUAAGCUUAUUUAUAGAUAUUUUAUAUAUACAUCAUAUUGGUAAGUUUAGAGUGCAAUUGAUUACUCGACAAAGUUGGGAUCACUGGGUACAAUAGUUUAUAUGUUAAAAAGAUGUAUAUUUCCGGCAUAUAAAUACAUAAAUGUCACAUCCAAAGCAAAGAUGUGAAAUUUAUUUUUUUUUUGCCUCUAAAUAUGCUCUAGAUACAUUUUGUAAACGUCAACAUAGAUUUUGUUGCAUUUAUUAAAUUUUGUAUGCCAACAUGCCUACAAAAUUUGUUAACAUAUUUCUGUUUUACGUUCACGGAGAAAAAUGAGACUCAAAAAUAACGGAAUAAUAAUAGAAAGUACAUUAAAUUUUAUUAUGCUAGUCUACCAAACCUAAAACAGGUGACUUUUCAUUCAAUUAGUGUUAUCUGUACUUAUAAUAUUCGUACUCUAGCAUCAUAAAAAUAAAGAUCACAUCUUAAAAACUGAGUUGUGUAAUUUAUAAAAAUUACCACACACUUACUAUAAUAAAUUUUACAAUGGUUAAUUUUAUUCUUUACUUUCUGGUAUGACAUUUUUUAUCAAUCUGUCUUUAUCUUUUAUAAUGCCAGCAUAAUAAAAACUAGUAAGCUAUAUUUCUCGAGAAAAAAGAGAGAGUGAGCUUUGAUCCUCAAUAAAAGACUUCACUAGUUAAGUGACAUGGUGUAAAAUUGAGGAGUCAUUUUCAAAGUUCAUUUUUUUUUUUCCAAGUCCCAGGCGCGAUCACUGGUCUUCAUAAAUUGCUUGCAUAUCCUCUAUCCACAUAUUUGGGGAACCUCUAGUGAAAUUACAUUUUAUUUACAUGUAUACUUAUUGAGGUAUCGUUUGUGUUAUGUAUUCAAAUAUUAAAAACUGUAGUAAAAGUAGUAACAAUCGUUAUUCUUGUAUAAUAUUUGGCCAACCAAAAAUGAAAAUCAUAAUGUUUAUUUGUAUAAUUAUUUUUAAAAAUACAGUUACUAAGAGCAGUCAACCAAUUUUAUUAUGCUGGUAUAAUUAUGAUUAAAAAAUUAAUAUUGGAUGCAUCAAAUAUUGGUCACACAUUUAUUUUCGAAUUAGAAAUAAUUUUUGGUUAAAUUAAAUAAAUAUAAUAAAAUAUACUGCAAAGUUUAUUGUUUUUGAAAUAUUAAAAAGUGUGUAAUCAUACAACUACGAAUAAUAAAAAUCAGCCAGUCAUGAUUGGUAACUUAUCAUUCAUUUUUUAAAAUCUUUGUAGUAUUUUCUCUAAAAUAAUCAUAGAUAUUAUUUAAAUUUACAUUAAAGAUCAAAGACUUUUAAAAUUACUAUGCUAGCAUUACAAUUAUUAUACUCAUUCAAUAUUAUAUGAUAUGCUAUCAUAAAAUUCAUUCAAGUGUUCUAUUUUUUAAAGCAUUCUUCGGAUCAUUUUUCUCCGUGUACAGCGAUGCACAUAAAUGUUACAUUUAUUGUUUGCAUAUAUAUAUUCGGGUUGGUACUCUUAAAAGAAGAAGAUUGACAUUUCAAAGCUCUCCUCUACUUAAUUAUUGAGGUAACAAAAAAAAAUUUUUCUCGAGAUUGGAAAUCAUAAAAUUUAGAGAAAGUGAAAAAAUUAGGGAACGGUUGAUGUCAUCAAGAUUACAGAAAUUGAAUACAUGACUAAAAAUGCGCUCCAUUACAAAAACUCUUGAAAAAACAAACAAAUUAAGCUAAUUUCAGCAGCAAUUAAUAGGUUUGAUUGAGAUCGAAAAUUGAUUAGAUUAAAA